UCUGAUAAUAUACAUUAGUAAGAAUGGAGAAGCCUUGUGAGAAAUGCCUGGACCAACAUUUUAGUAGUCAGCUUAUCAAGUAUAAUAAAAAAUUCAAGCAGUUUGCCUGCAAAUCGGAUCAAAGCAUUAUACACUAUUGGUUGGACAUCUUCCGUGCUGCGCCCAAUUCACAGAAAUUGGCACGAAAUGGGCUCAUGCUCUUGAUGUAUGGUCAUCUUAAGGAAAUGGGUUAUCUGCAGGCACCAUUUACCGAUAUGCGCAACUGCGGCAGAGACCUCAACGAUAUUCUGGACGACUAUGAGGGCAUGGUAGACUUGAAGAAGGAGAGAGCAGCAACAGAUUUGCUCCAUUGUCGCCAUGAGCGCAAUUCAAACUUAAAGAGCCGUGAGACUUUGCCAAAUCUUAAAAAAGUGAUGCCUAGUACCAAUCUAGCCAGGCCCUUCGAGUCCAGCUCAGAGCUAGUGCAAACUAAAACAGAAUCGGAAUUUGAAACAGAGUUAGAAUCUUCGUAUAGAGUUUUUGGACCUAGGGCUGCAGCAUCGGCUGAGAAAUACAACUUGCCAAGUCCUGAGGGGCUGUAUAAUCAACAACGAGAUCAACAACAACUGGAGGAUAGCUCUGAGGAUGAUUACGACAGCUUUGUAACAGGAUCUAUGGCGCUGCAGGACUAUGAAAGCUUUGAUUCACAUAAAUCUUACAAGAAACAGUACGAGUAUAUGAAAGAUGAACAGGAACAAAUCGAUGCAGAGGAGAAGCUACUAAAUGAACUCCAAAAUGUAAUUGAAGAAUUGACUGGUGAUGAUGAUGAUGAUGAUGAGGAGCAGCAGCAGCAGCUGGCGGAGUUACCCAAAAUUCAGUCACCCAAAAUACAAGCUUACGAAAUAUAUCAAACGAAGUCAAUGCAAAAAAUGUUGCACGAGGCGCCCAUGCCACAAGAAAUAAUACGCAAAUAUAUACCAGAGUUACCCAAGCGCAAUUGCAACUGCGAUUUAUGCGACGCUUUUAAAGAAAUUGAAACAGAGUCGGAGAAAUCUUUGCCAGUGUCACAAGGCUAUGGCAAGAGAGAUUGUGAGCCAAAUCUUGUACCAGCCACCAUACUGCUGGAUGAGACAUGCCUAGAGCCCACUGAAGAAAUUGAGAAUCAACUGGAGGCAAAGCGAGCAGCUUUGGAGGCGGAGGUACGCAAGCUUAGACGCCGCGCUGCGAUGCUGCGCAGUCAAUGCCUUAAGUAUUAUGACAUUGAGGGUAAUUUAAUGCAUGAGUACAAGCAGCAUAGACUAGAGCAGAAGCAUCCGCAGGGCUGGCAUUGGAUACGCGGCUUUGUAGUGGACGCGUAUCGUGCCCUGCAUCGUUAUACAGGCUGGCGUUCCUAUACCACUGGUGACCGGCGGCAGAAGGAAGGUUUGCAGACGUAUCUGAGUUGCGGUGGUCAUGCCUGGCGCUAUUAUCGGCGUACGCUCUUGUUAAGCAACUCGCCCUGCUGGCGUUUGCUUAAAAUGGAGCAGAUAUUGGAUAGCAAGCGAGAGCUGUUGCUGCUACGCAUGUCCAAUCUGCUGCGCCUCAAGCAGAUUUCCACGGAAGUCUGUUAUGGCAAAAUGAGUAACAAAGAGUUGGAGCUGCUGUUGGCAGUCAUGGAUAAUAAGUACCUGGAGCUGGCAAAGCAUUUGCAUUGGAAACUUUUUAAACUAAUUAAUUAAUAAAAACAACAAAGGCCAGCGCUUGCGUUUAGCUGCAGUUGUAACAACAUUAACGCUGGACUGCUCGUUAAUU